CAAAUCCAUUCAUCUUUAGAACAAAUCUAGAGAUUUAUCGCACAGGUAGCGUUCGAUAUAUCCAACACUGAAACAUAUACUCCAUAUAUUUUACAGCAUUAUAGUAACGUCUAAGUUUCCAAAAUUAACCAGCUACAAAAAUGGAUAGAUUGGCCAAAUGUGUAGCAAAUUAUGUUCCCCUUACUCCUAUCACUCUCUUGAGAAGGGCAUCCAAGUGUUAUGCCGACCACAACUCCGUCAUCUAUGCUGGCAUCCACUUCACGUGGAGCUAGACCUAUGACCGAUGUCGCCGCCUCGCCGCCUCCCUACGGGCUCUCAACAUUGUCAAGAACAAUGUCAUUUCGGUGUUGGCCCCAAAUGUUCUGGCAAUGUACAAGAUGCAUUUUGCGGUGCCAAUGGCGGGGGCAGUGUUGAACACCGUCAACACGAGGCUGACGCGAAGAACAUUGCCACCAUUCUAAAGCAUUCAGAGGCCAAGGCCUUCUUUGUGGACUAUGAGUAUGUGGAGAAGGCGAAAAAGGCAUUGGAAAUAAUGAUGGGCAAAAAUAUACCAAUGCCCUUACUGGUUGACAUCGACGACGACGUCGCCCCCACUGGAAUCCGGCUAGGCAACCUCGAGUACGAGGAGUUAAUACUCUGAGCGCGGAUUAAUCAUGGCACGGAAAAGGAUGAGAGCGAUGUGGCUAUCGAUGACGAGUGGGACGCGAUCGCCUUGAGUUAUACAUCAGAGACGACUUCUCAGCCGAAGGGAGUUGUGUACAGUCACCGGGGAGCCUUUCUGAGCACGUUGAGCUUGAUCUUGGCUUGGGAAAUGGGGACCCAACCCGUUUAUCUAUGGUCACUCCCAAUGUUCCACUGGAACGGCUGGACCUUCACUUGGGGGGGGGUCACCGCAUGUGUCGGGACCACCGUCAGUGACAUAUACGACAACAUUGUGUCACACGGAGUGACACAUAUGUGUUGCGCGCCAAUCAUUUUAUCGAUUCUCUUGGAAGCCAAGCCGCACGAGCGCCGGGAAAUGUCGGCUCCGGUCCAAAUACUCACUGGAGGGGCGUCGUCGCUUCCUCCUCUGCUCAAGAUAAUCAAGGGGUUAGGGUUUCGUGUUGCCCAUGCCUAUGGCCUCACCGAGACCACCGCACGGGCUAUGUUUUGCGAGUGGCAAAAGAAAUGGAAUUGGUUGCCGGCGGAGGAGCAAGCCAGGUUGAAAGCAAGAUAGGGGAUCAACACACUGACACUCACCCACGUCAAUGUUGUAAGGGACAUCAAGACAAUGCGGCGAGUUCCACGCGAUGGCCGGACCAUGGGAGAGAUCGUCAUCCGUGGCAACAGCAUCAUGAAGGGCUACUUCAAGAACGACGAGGCCAACUCCGACGCCUUCAGAAACAGAUGGUUCAUCACCGGAGACGUCGGCGUCAUCCACCCCGAUGGCUACCUCGAAAUUGUGAAGUGUUUUAAACUUGUUUGUGUCACGUGUUUUGUUUUGUGUCAUUUAAUUCAUCCUAGGCUCAUUUGUUAUUUUUAUUUUAAGUUUAGUUAUUACUUUGUACGUGUGCAUGUGGGUAGAAGAAGUCAACCACCCAUGCACACACGUAGGAGCAUUUGUAGGGUUUUGUUGCGUGUGUAGUUAUCCUUAUACAUGUGAUCUAUUUAUGUGUGUAUUGGAAGAGGGGGGUUUUUUAA